AUGUCUGACGAUACUUUCCGCGUCACCCGCCAGGACGUGCGCAAGCCCGAGUCCCGUAUUGCCAAACAGCAUCACGGCAAGACCCCGGCGAACUCGGACGUUUCUGCCAUGAAGUCCUUGAUCGACGAAAAAACCGACAAGUCCCAGGAGAUCGACAAGGUCAAGGCUGACCUGCCUUUGCCCGAGCAACCCCCUGUUGCUAGCGACUGGUCAUCGUCCGAUCAGCGAACCGUCAAUGUCGGCUCUGGGCGCUUUGAGGGUCCUAUCUCCGGCUCUUCUGAAAGUGCUCUCCGCGACCCCGCAACUGUGGCAAGCAGUGCCCGCAUUUCGGGAGAGGAAUUGCACAAGGCUACUGCUCCCGGUAAGGAUGUUGGGGAACCUAGCAAUUUGUCCUCUGAUGCGACGAGUCGGACCUAG